CAUUUUCCCAUUCCUUGAACCGGUUUGAAAGUUUGAAAAUUUCAAAUACCCAACGGUCUUCUUAAUCUCACACAUAACGGCAAAAAGUGAAAUCAUCUCCAAACGAAAUCAUCGCAUCUCACUUUCUCACUCACAAACACUCCAAAAGCAUCAUCCCCUACUUUUUCAUUCAAAGCUUAAAUAAAUCUUCCCUCUUUUCAUCAAUGGAACAUAACCGAUUUGACCCACUUCUACUCACUGAUGUUCCCAUACAGCAACUGCAAAACCAACGCCAACCGAAACCCGAAACCCAUAUGUUCUUUCAGCCGUCUGUGAUGGCAGAAUCUGAUGAUCUGUGUUUUAGCAAGAUUGAAGAAUGUUCUUUGCAAAAUGGGGCUUGUGAAGCAUUUAAGGAUAAAGAUUGUAUGGAUCCUAUUGGAAAUGAUGUUCUUGAUGAAAUUUCUUGGAGGGAUUUAAGCUCAAUUGCAAUUGGGAAUGAUCAAGAUGUUCUUGAUGAUGGAAAUGUGAAAAAAGAAAUUUCAUGGGGGGACUCAAUCUCAGAAGAAAUUGGGACUAAAGAUGUUCUUGAUGAUGGAAAUGUGAAAAAAGAAAUUUCAUGGGGGGACUCAGUUUUAGAAGAAAUUGUGACUGAAGAUGUUCUUGAUGAUUUAAAUGUGAAAAAAGAAAAUUCAUGGGGGGACUCAAUCUCAGAAGAAGUUGGGACUGAAGAUGUUCUUAAUAAUGGAAAUGUGAAAAAAGAAAUUUCAUGGGUGGACUCAAUCUCAGAAGAAAUUGGGACUGAAGAUGUUCCUGAUAAUGGAAAUGUGAAAAAAGAAAUUUCAUGGAGGAACUCAAUCUCAGAAGCAAUUGGGACUGAAGAUGUUCUUAUGGAUGAGAAUGUGACAAAAAGUCAUCCCGAUUUAGUUAUAUGCUCCGGAUCGCCUGACAUCCCUAACCAAACUUAUGAAGAUUCACCGAAGUUAUUAAAACAGUCAUCCCUUGAGCUCUCUUUCGAAAACGGUAUUACUGAGGGACCCAAGAUGAAAGAUUACAGUCACAAUACAAAUGAAGAUCUCGGUAGUUCAGAAGCUUCAUUUGAGCUCCUUCCAUUAGCAUCAUGUGAAGAAAAUGAUGAAGAGUGUGAUGAGCUGAUGAAAGCAAAGAGGGCGUUGGAGACAAUGAAGAGGGAAAACGAACGCAAGAGUAAAGAAUGCGAAGAAGCGUUAAAGGCGUUAAGAGAGCUUCAAAACGAGUUAAUGAGAAAAUCGAUGCAUGUUGGGUCACUCGCUUUUGCGGUUGAGGGUCAAGUGAAAGAAAAGAGUAAAUGGUUUUCGUCGUUAAGAGACAUGUCAAGAAAACUUAAGAUCAUGAAAAUGGAUCAAAUCAAACUGCUAGAAGAGGCAGAGGCUUACAAAAAACAUGCUGCGGAUAUGAAUGACAUGAGUUGUAUCAUUCAAUCAAGAAUCAACGAACAAGUUACACAACAUGAACAACUCAAGAACCGAUUUAACGAAGGAGCUAAAGAAAGGAAAGAACUGUACAACAAAAUCCAAGAGUUAAAAGGGAAUAUUAGAGUAUUUUGUCGGUGUAGGCCUUUGAACUCAGAAGAGAUUGCUGAAGGAGCUUCAAUGGCAUUUGAUUUUGAAGCUUCUAAAGACGGUGAACUUAGAGUAAAAUCAAAUGUAGCAUUUAAAAAGAACUUCAAAUUUGAUUCAGUUUUUGGCCCCGAAGCAAACCAAGUCGAUGUUUUCGAGGAUACGUCAUCGUUUGCAACCUCGGUUCUUGACGGGUACAACGUGUGCAUAUUUGCGUAUGGACAAACUGGAACCGGAAAGACUUUUACAAUGGAGGGUACGAACGAAAACCGAGGAGUUAAUUUCAGGACUCUUGAAGAAUUAUUCCGUGUGAUUAACGAACGCAAGAAUCAAAUCCGGUAUGAGAUAUCCGUAAGUGUUAUGGAAGUUUAUAAUGAGCAGAUUCGCGAUUUACUACUUCCAAGUUCACAGCCAGGAGUUGCUGCAAAGAGGCUUGAGAUUAGACAAGUCGGUGAAGGGUUGCACCAUGUUCCGGGCCUCGUUGAGGCUGCGGUGAGCAACAUGGGUGAAGUUUGGGAGGUUUUGAAAACCGGGAGUAGUUCAAGGGCGGUUGGGUCAACCAACGCUAAUGAGCAUAGUAGCCGAUCUCAUUGUAUACAUUGUGUGAUGGUUAAAGGGGAAAACUUGGUGAGUGGAGAAUGCACAAGGAGCAAGCUUUGGCUAGUUGAUUUAGCAGGAAGUGAACGGGUCGCGAAAACCGAGGUACAAGGAGAAAGACUCAAAGAAACCCAAAAUAUAAACCGAUCGCUUUCGGCACUUGGAGAUGUUAUAUCCGCUUUAGCAACUAAGAGCCCACACAUCCCCUUUAGAAACUCAAAGCUCACUCAUUUGCUUCAAGACUCUCUAGGUGGAGACUCGAAGACGCUAAUGUUUGUGCAGAUUAGUCCCAACGAGAACGAUUUAAGCGAAUCACUUUGCUCCCUCAACUUUGCAAGCAGAGUGAGAGGAAUAGAAUUGGGUCCUGCAAAGAAGCAAGUAGAAAGCGCGGAAGUUUUAAAAUAUAAACAAAUGGCCGAGAGGUACAAGAACGAGAUGAAGAACAAAGAUCUACAGAUCAAGAAAAUGGAAGAUAACGUUCAUGGUUUAGACGUGAAGUUGAAAGAAAAAGAGUUGAAAAACAAGAUUUUGCAAGAUAAGGUUAAAGAACUAGAAUCACAGCUUUUGGUUGAGAGAAAACUCGCACGCCAACAUGUUGACACAAAGAUAGCGGAACAGCAAAUGAAACAACAGAAGGAUGACGCGGUUUCCACACUUUCAAGACAUCCGCUAGCUUCUAAACCGUUGAACGCAACGAAAAUCAAUGAAGAAAGCAAGGAAAACCAAUCAAACAUCGUUCAACAACCACCGCUUGUUGACAAGAACACCGCGUACAAACUACCCGCACCCUUUCCUCCAGCACGCGACCUUGUCAAUCUAGACGACAAUAUGGAAAAUGAAAACGAGAACGAAAAUGAAAAAGAAAACAACCCGUAUUUGCCUGAACCGUUCAAGAUUCCGAAACGAACUGGUAGAGCUUCCAUUUGCACAACUUCACAACGGGUUGCAGUGAGAUCGGUAUUACCACGAAGAAACUCUUUGAUCCCGCUGCCAACUACUCUAGCACCGGCCAAAUUCGUGCCGCCAUUGCCAUCAAUAGAAAGUGAAAAUGAGCAUGAGGAUCGACCCGAGCGUUGUGUGGAGCCAGACAGUCCCAAAAGAAGCAAUGGCAGUGGGAAGAAACUGAUGAGCGCGUUGAGACGAAGCUUUAACAAGAAAAACCAAAUGAAAUCUCCAUUGCAACAAUAUGCGAGAAGAGCGGGUGGCUUGAAUGUCCCGGUGGACCGGGUCAGGGUUUCUAUUGGCUCACGAGCGCGUAUGGGUCAUAGGCUCGUCGCCAAUGGACGAAGAAUAAAACAGCAGAACAACUGUAUGGACAAGGAAAGAAGAUGGAACAUUGGCAAAGGAGGACUUUGACUGUAUGUAUGUUUGCAUCUUCAUGUUUAAGUUAUUAUAUAGUGAUAGAUGUAGAUAGUUUGGGUGGAUUUGAUUUAUGUUCUUGAUUGGUGAACACUUGUGUUGGUUGAUGUUGGAUUUUAAGUUUUCAAAAAUUGUUUCA